CCAGUCAAUCAAUCAACAUCACAAGCGUAAUGAUAAAAUGGAGUCUUAUAUCUGUGAGCAGUUUGUACACAAAAUCUAAUUAGUUUCAUGUAUAUAAUCAGUCGUAGACGUAAAAAUAAGUUACCGAAAGUCGAAUCAAUUAUAAUUACUGCCAUUAAAUAGUUCGGGAAAGUGUGGAAACAGUGUAAAAGUGAAAAUCGGAUUUUGGAUUUGCAGCAGUGCCUGACUGAUACACACAAUAUCAACGGUGUUCAUGAGAUGCUGUAGUGAGAUGAGCAAUAAAUACGAAACGAAGAUAUGUGCCGCCUAAAGCGAUGGACUCAUACGACUUGUUCGGGGAAGAUGGUACCGGAAUGUUGGAAGGCCUACCAGAACUUGGUGGAGCUGCAGGGGGUGGAGGUGCUGGGGGUAGUGGUUUCGACCCGGCACCGGUGACUGGUGCUCCGAGAAAUGCAACUAAUGCCUAUCCUACAGCUCAACAACAACCUAUUUAUUCACAAGAGACGCCACUUCAAAAAUUGGCAACUUUUGGUGGACCUGAUUUCAACCACAUGGACCCGAACGCGCAGAGCAUGUACGCCCAAGGUUACGGCACUGACAGGCCAAUGGGACCGCCCCCAGGCGCUGCUUAUCAACAUCAAAGACAGAUGGCAGUGAGGCCGCCUAGUGGAGCUGCAUCUGCGCAGUAUCCGUAUCAGACUGAUAACAUGUACUCUAUGCCUGAUGUCCAGGUAAGUGGUAUGAGUGAUACAAGCAAUAUGCAAGCAGCAGCUGCUGCAGGAUGGAGUCAUAAUGCUGCGGCGGCAGCGGCCGGUUAUCCUAGUAUGCACAGAUAUAGUCAGAUGAGUCAAUAUAGGCAGCAGUCGAUGUCAGGUUAUCCGCAUCAACAAGAACCGAAACAGCAGUUUCCGUCUGGUCAGCAUCCGAUGAUGCAGCAGCCACAUCAAACCACUUACCAAAUGCAACGACAUACGCCUCAUUAUCCACAAGCGACAUCUGGAUAUCCGACUUCAGCAGCCAGUCAGGGUUAUGCUGGAUAUAUGCACCAACGCUUACCGCAUCAUCAUCAGUAUCCGCAGCCACAUCAUCAGAUGGAUAUGGCGACAGUUUCUCAGACGCAGCAGUAUGCUCAAAUGAGUCAUAAUCAAAAUUUAACCCAUGCAGCACCUUCCGCCGGUCACAUGGGCCAAUCGCCUCUCUCUGUAGGUCACACGCCGCCACAGAGCCAUCCUACACCCCAGCAACAAUCUCAGCCACCUAACCCCAUGGCACAUCCUAGUAAUAUCGGAUAUAACCAAAGUCACCAAACAAUGCAGUCCAUGCAGCGACCUAUGGAAGUUCCGCCUAGCCAACAGCAAUUUCAAUCAAAACACUCGGCAGGUCCAAUGGGAAAUGUUAGCCCUCAAUAUCGAGCACCAUUUCCUCAGUUAUCUCCUCAGAUGUCCCCAAGAUCUCAAAUGUCUCCAAGACCUGCACCUACUUCUCAAAUGUCGCCAAGACCUAAUAUGUCACCAGCCAAACCGAAUAUGUCACCUCAUCCGCCGCCUAUGCAACAAAAUACACUGAGUCCUAGACCGACAGUCAGCAUAGCUCCUAAAGUUUCAGCUCCUUCGCCAGCACCUUUGUCUACUUAUUCACAGCAAAGUACCUUACAAGCUCUCGAGCAGAUGGUUAUGCCACCCUCUAGCACAAAUUCAUCAGAAUACCCUUCUUAUCAAUCAAGAAGUUCAUUAGGUCCUCCACCAGGUCCACAAAAUCCUUUAAGUCCAGCUAUGAGUAUGAGAAAUCCCAUAAAUGAGCCGUGGCCACCAGUUCAGUCACGACAAGUGUCACAUUUGUCUAGUUUAAAUGGUUCUAUGAAUAUGAUGGAUCAAAAUCCAAUACCAACAAGUCAGUCAAUUCCUCCUACACAAUCUCUACCACCUUCUGGUAUGCCAAAUACCCAAAUGCCUCCGGGACCUAAUAUAAACGUAGGAUUUUCUACUGACGAAUUGAGAAGUGAUAUUAGUAACUCUAGCAGUACAAAUUUAAUGGAAAUGCAAGUGAGGGAGAAAGAAUCUUCGGUUUCGCAAAGCGUUCCUGUUAGUAGUCACAAUGAAUUUACAUCUGUUCAAUCUCCUACUACAAGCAUACCUGAUAAAAUGCCUAGUAGUACGACAAAUUCAGAAGCCAUCGUACCGACAUCGGUACCUUCCGUAUCAUCUCAUCCUCCCACUCCAACACCUACAUCUACUACGGAUGAUAAUAUAACAAACACUCAAGACACUAGUCUUCCUUCUAAUAGUGAAUCUGUGAAACAAAUUGACGAAUUAAGUAAUACAAGUUCCACAUCUCAGCAGCAAACCCCAAGUCAAAGUAGUAAUAAUAAUUUCACAGACUUUAAUUGUGUUUCAAGCAUGACGGGGUAUCCUAGUCAACCCGGCACCCCAAAAAGUAACAAGAUGGACGAUCUAGUACAAUCUAAUGCCUCGAUAUUUAGUCAAGACAACUCAGUAUCUCAAGAAUCUUUACCAGAAUCUAAUAAGUCUGAUCAUAGUUCAAUACGUUCGCCUAGGCUGCAGUCACCUAUCUCAAAUAGUCAGAGCUCUAUGCCAUUGCCUUCUAGUGCGCCAAGUAGUCAAAGAGACAACCGUUCAUCAUACAGCGUUAAUUACAACGUCUCUACUCCAUCGCCGACUCAAUCACAUUCUUUGGUGCAAAGUACAAACAGGGAACCGGCUAAUACAUUAAUUCCAAGUAUACAAUCCAAUCAAAUGAUGACCUCACAGAUGUUGCCAAAAAUAUCGCAACAUCUCAAUAGUAUUCAAAGUCAAAAUCAACAACUUUCUCCACAGAAUCAACCUGGGAUUAUUGAACAAAAUCUUAGUAGUAAUAACAGUUUGUCUAGUCCGCCACCUGUCAAUGUUUCUACACAAAAUAUAGCUCCUAAUCCACCUAAUGUACAGACUCUGAGUACUUUACAACAAAGUAUUUCCACCUCAAACAACAUACCCAGCAUUGUUGCUGUAGAAAGUCCCAUCUCAGUGCAAAAUACAAUGAAUGUUUCAGAGAGUGACAACACAACUACUCAAACUAUGCCGAGUACACAAAGUCAACCUAAUGUACCAAUCCAGCCAAGUAUACAGAAUAAACCAAGUAUUCCGAAUUUACCAAGUAUACCAACACAAUCCAGCAUAUUAAACCAAUCAAAUCUAACGAAUCAGUCAACCAUGCCCAGUAUUUUAAAUCAAAGUGUGUCUAGUGUGAUAUCCGUUAAUACGCCUGUGUCCAAUCAGAAUAGUUUGCUUGGAGCACAGAAUAUCACUACUCAACCUUCUCCACAGAUCACUAUGCCAAUUCAAAAUAACGUAAAUCCAUUAAAUAAUCCGAAUAACGUAGUAACUCAGCCAAUUAUUAGCAACCAAACGACUAUACAAGGUAUACAAUCUCCACCACCUGCUCAACCGACAAUUCCAAUAGUUUCUGCUUCUCAAGGUAUCCAGACACCUCCACCGAUGCCCCAACACGCUCAAAUAUCUCACCAAUUACCAACUACUAAUAUGCCAUCCCACGGAAAUAUUCCAAAUAUACCUCCUGCGAGUAAGCCGGGAUUGUUCGACCAGAACAAUCAGAUGAUGAGUCCAAACGGAAUACCGAUCGGUCCGAAUAGGAACAUACCGCCUAGAAUGACACCACACGGAAUUCAAAUGACACAUCCUGGAAUGUCUAUGGGUAUGGCCGGGCAUCCGGGAAUGAUGGGAAAUAUAGAUAGCAUGUUAGUUGGACCAGGAAUGCCUGGCUAUCAGACGCCAAUCAGUCAUCACCAAGAACGUGCCGCUUUGCAACAACAGCUACAAGAAAUGUACUGUAUGCCUCCAGGAGCGGAACACCAAGAAAAAAUUACUUUUCUCCAAGAAAGACUUAAUCUCUUAAGCCAACACGAGGCAAAUGACCAGUGCAACGGUGGUGCUCAGUGUAUUCUUCAAAGUCCAAUGUUCAAUUCGCAAAUGAUUGACAGUCCUCAAGUAUCAAGUACAACAGGUAGAGGACGAGGUAAAGGACCCCCAAAGCCGAGAAAACCUCGUGCUAAAAAGGGAGAUAAACUUAUAGAACCAAAUCAAGUUGUUACUCCAAUUAAUACUGUAAUGCCUAUGAUAACGCAAUCACCUCAACAAUUACCAGUGUCGGAAGAUUUUGUGACACCUGGAGCUGGUCUGAGUAUACCUUCUAAUGAAAUGUCAGAAUUUACAGACAUAGGAACAGAUACUGAUAUUGAACCGAAAAAGAAGGGAAGAAAGCCGCGAAUUCCUAAACCCAAAGAACUGAAGGAAGGGAAAGAACUAAAGGCACCAAAAUCGCCGAAAGAACCCAAAGUUCCAAAAGAAAGGAAAAAGAGAGAGCCAAAGGAUCCAAAGGAACCUCGGGUUAAACGAAAAUAUGUCAGAAAAAAGAAACCCGGUGAGUCCGAGGAAAGUGCUACUGAUGAAUCAUUUAAUAAAUCUUCAGAAAGUCUUGAAGAAGUAUCUGCAUCUACUCCUAGCCAGACUUUAAAAACAUCUGAAGCUGAAGCCGAAGCUGUCAUACCUUUUGAAGCGAAAAUAGAUGAUCCAGAUUCACAAGCUUUACCCGAAAGUUCUGUUCCUUCAGAUACAACGACUACCGAUAAACCUGAAGAAAUGCAGGCUGAUUCCCAAACUCCGGCCGAGGGCAGUAUUUCAAAUGAAAAUGACGAUAAAAAAGACGAAUAUAAUUUCGAUGACGAACCGAGUCCAGAAAUUGUCGAAUUGCCAAAAAGAACCAAAAAACCUAGACCUCAAGCGGCAAAAGCAAAACCAGUUUCCAAUAAACGACCUAAACGAAGUGCCGGAGCAGGUCGCAAACGUAGAGGUACAAUCGUCCCAGAAUCUGAUGGAGAAAAUGAGGAUAUGAUCUCAACUCCUCCACCAUCACCACCAGACGAUGGUGAGAGUUCUUCUAAACGUAGAUCUGCAAGAAACACUCAGCGUAAAAAGUACAUAGAUGAUGUAAUGUUAAGAUUUUCUGAUGAUGAUGCACCUCCUACUCCUACUAGAACUCGAAAAGCUAUAGUACCAGCUACACCACCUAUAGCUACGACUCCAGCGGCGGCUGCUGCAGCUACAGCGGCGGCGGCUGCAGCUACAGCAGCUGCGAAGGAAAUUCAGGAAAUCCAGGAAAUUCCGCGACCACCUACUCCGACUAAUGAGGACGGUACUCCAUCUACUAGCAAUGCCGAUUCUAAAAAUCAAAUGAAUUAUGUGUAUGUUAAUCCUACUGAAGAAGAUUCUAUGGUUGUUCAGUACGUGUUAAGCGCUAGAAUGACUCAACGCAAAAAGAAAAAAGAAGUGCCUGUUGAACAACCUAAAAAGGAGAUUAAAGAAGGCGAGAAAAAUGACGAAGAGAAGAAAGAAAGGGCAGAAUUAUCGGAUGAAGAAGCCGAACCAAAGCCUAAACCUCCAGAACCGUCAACAAUUGUAAAGCACGACGAUGACGAUGAAGAAGAAAUGGAGGAAGUUGAAGAAUAUUAUGUUAAAUACAGAAACUUCUCAUAUUUGCAUUGCGAAUGGAAAACAGAAGAUGAGUUGUUUAAAGGUGAUCGAAGAAUCGCGAAUAAAAUUAAGAGAUACAGACAAAAACAAGCGCAACAGAUGAACAUAUUUGAAAACUUAGAAGAUGAACCAUUUAAUCCUGAUUAUGUAGAGGUUGAUAGGGUUUUAGAUCUUUCAGAACACACCGAUGCUACGACAGGCGAAAUUGUGAAACAUUAUUUAGUCAAAUGGAGGGCACUGCAGUAUGAAGAUUGUACUUGGGAAUUGGAAGAAGACGUAGAUCCCAUAAAAAUUCAGCAGUAUGAAAAGUUCAGUAAAAUACCGCCUAAAGAUACUUGGAAAAUCAAAAAGAGACCUUCUCCAGAGCAGUGGACCAAGUUGGAAAAAUCUCCCAUUUAUAAAAGUGGAAACAGUUUAAGAGAGUAUCAAUUGGAAGGACUUAACUGGCUUCUGUUCUCUUGGUUUAAUUGUAGGAACUCCAUACUAGCAGAUGAGAUGGGUUUGGGUAAGACCAUUCAAAGUUUGACGUUUUUGCACUCGGUGUGGGAAUGGGGCGUUAGAGGUCCAUUCUUAGUAAUUGCUCCUCUUUCCACUAUACCGAAUUGGCAAAGGGAAAUCGAGGGUUGGACUGAUUUGAACGUAAUCGUAUAUCACGGUUCGGCGACGAGUAGAAAUAUGCUACAAGAAUAUGAAAUGUAUUAUAAAAACGAAAAGGGACAAUUUAUCAAAGAUAUUACUAAAUUUAACAUCCUUAUUACGACUUUUGAAAUUAUUGUUACUGAUUUUGCUGAUUUGAAAGGUUUUAAUUGGAGAAUAUGUGUAAUUGACGAAGCUCAUAGGCUGAAAAAUCGAAAUUGUAAGCUACUAGAAGGAUUAAGACAGUUAACAUUGGAACAUAGAGUGCUGCUAUCUGGUACACCUUUACAAAAUAACGUAAACGAAUUGUUUUCAUUGUUGAACUUCCUUGAACCGACACAGUUCAGCAAUAACGAAACUUUUGUCCAAGAAUUUGGUCAACUGAAAAGCGAACAAGAAGUUCAAAAGUUGCAAUGUCUUCUUAAACCGAUGAUGUUGAGACGAUUAAAAGAGGACGUAGAAAAAUCUCUUGCUCCUAAAGAAGAAACUGUUGUAGAAGUAGAACUAACGAAUAUCCAGAAGAAAUAUUAUAGAGGUAUAUUGGAGAGAAAUUUUUCAUUUUUGUCCAAAGGCACUACGCAUGCUAAUAUACCAAAUUUAAUGAACACAAUGAUGGAACUGAGGAAAUGUUGUAUUCAUCCAUAUUUGUUGAAUGGAGCCGAAGAACAGAUCCAAUAUGACUAUAAAAAUCAACAUGGCGAAGAUAAUGAUGCAUAUUAUAAAGCACUCAUACAAUCCAGCGGAAAAAUGGUAUUGAUAGAUAAGUUGUUACCGAAACUAAAGGCAAACGGGCAUAGAGUUCUGAUCUUCAGUCAAAUGGUUAAAUGUCUGGAUAUAUUGGAGGACUAUCUAAUGUUUAAAAAGUAUCCGUUUGAAAGAAUAGACGGUAGAAUCAGAGGUAACUUAAGACAAGCUGCUAUUGAUCGAUUUUCACGACCAGAUUCUGAUCGAUUCGUGUUUCUUUUGUGUACUAAGGCUGGUGGUCUUGGUAUCAAUUUAACUGCGGCCGAUACUGUUAUAAUUUACGACAGCGACUGGAAUCCUCAGAACGAUUUGCAAGCUCAAGCAAGAUGCCAUCGUAUCGGUCAACAAAAGAUGGUAAAAAUCUACAGGCUCUUGUGUAGAAAUACAUACGAAAGAGAAAUGUUUGACAAGGCUUCGUUGAAGUUGGGACUGGAUAAAGCUAUUCUGCAAAGUAUGAAUACGUCACAAGGCGGCAAAGAUGCUGGUAAUAGGCAAUUAAGUAAAAAAGAAAUCGAAGAUUUGUUAAAGAAAGGUGCGUACGGUGCAUUGCUUGACGAAGAUGAUGGUGACAAAUUCUGCGAGGAAGACAUAGAUGUUAUUUUGGCUAGAAGAACACAAGUAAUCACGAUGGAAUCUGAAAAGGGCUCGACAUUCUCUAAAGCAAGUUUUGCCUCUAGCGCCAAUAGAUCUGAUAUAGCGAUAGACGAUCCCGAUUUUUGGAACAAAUGGGCCAAAAAAGCAGAGAUCGACACGACGGAAAAAGACGAAAAUGAAGACUUGGUUAUAUCCGAACCAAGACGAAGAACUCAGAUAAAACGAUAUGGCCACGAUGAAAGUGCUAUCGAUAUGUCUGAAUUGGAAAGCUCGUCUGACUCAGAUCCCGAAAAUGAAGGUCUUGGUGCAGGUUUGAGAACAAAGAAGAAACUGAGGAAGAGAAAAUACAGACCCGACGAUUAUAUUCCAAGAGAAGGAGAACCCAGAGGAGAUAUUGUGUACGGCAGUUGGGCUAGGAGGGAAUGUUUCAUGGUAGAAAGAGGUCUGCUCACUUUUGGAUGGGGAAGAUGGCAGGAGAUCCUUAUGCAUUCCCAAUUGAGGAAGGGCUGGAAGGAAUCGGAUAUCGAGGACUGUGCUCGAGUAAUCCUAUUGUAUUGCUUGCGUUUCUACCGAGGAGACGAAAAAAUCCGUAGCUUCAUUUGGGAUUUGAUAGCACCAUCGGAAAAUGGCGAACAGAAAAUUUCCAAAAACCACCACGGCUUGAAAGAUCCAGUGCCCAGGGGAAUCCGAAACAAGCAUAAAAAGAAGGACAAGGGCAUCUUAACGAAAGACCUUCGACAUCCUGCUAUAACGGACCCUAAUCAUUGGAGCAAGCACGAGAAAUAUGAUGGGGAUAUAUUUUUGGAAAGUAAUUAUAAAAAGCAUUUGGGAAGACAUGCGAAUAAAGUACUGCUUCGUGUGAGAAUGCUUUACUACAUAAAGCACGAAAUAAUCGGAGAUCUCGUCCAGCAAAUAGCCGACGGAGUUCAUGCGAGUGCCCUGCCGAUAUAUCCUCCUGUAACGGAGCAAUUACCUAGCGUGUGGUGGGAUGCUGAAUGCGACAAGUCUCUGCUCAUUGGCACUUGGAAGCACGGCUAUGAAAAUUAUACGGAGAUGCGUGCUGACCCUACCUUAUGCUUCCUGUCUCGUUGCGGACCGCCCUCCGACCGUGACCUUCAGAUGGCUACAAAUAACGCGCAACCCCAAACGCCCGCACUCAACGAAGAUGACGCCGAAGACGACGAUACUACAGAAGAAUCCAGCUUCAAGUCUAAAAACAGAGACGCUUCCGAAGCUAACUCUGAAAUUGCGGAACCAUCUCCUGGUCCUUCGGCUUCUUCAGAAACCCAACCGCUCGAUAGCGAAGAUCGGGUGGGAGAAGAGGGCGAUGAUAAAAAUUGGCCUUCUAUAACUGAUCUCAAUACAAGGUUAAGGAGAGUGAUCACGUCGUACCAAAGAAACUGCCGCAAAGAGGAACAGAAGUUGGCUGCCUCGAAAUCGAAGACCCCCCAGAUAGAUACUGCUCUGUCCUCCCCCUUGGCCGCGCUGGCGCAGGUGUCCCAGCAGUUCGAUCCAAGAGACGCAGCCGCUCUAGGCCUCCAGGGAUGGGAUCUACAGCAGCUGGCCCUUUACUUAUUGAACGUUUCAAAUUCGGGGUCUGGCCUAAGCGAUCGGCAUUUUGAGAAGAUGGAGCGACAGGGCAAACAAACCGUUGAUACCAUGCGAGAUCCUAUGAAAGAAAGAGAAAAAUUAACCAUUGGGAAACGUUGGACGAAGAGGGAAGAAGCAGAUUUCUUCAGAGUUGUGUCGUCGUAUGGAGUCAUAUAUUAUAGAAAGAAGAAAUCUUACGAUUGGAUCAAAUUCAAGCAACUAGCGAAAUUGGAAAAAAAAUCAGACGAAGAACUUACUGAAUAUUACAAACAUUUCGUUAUGAUGUGCAAGAAGCAGACAGGCAUGAACAUAGAAGACAGCAACUAUGACAAUACCAUCGAACAUAUCUCAGAAGAAAAGGCACGAAGGACAUUGGAAAGGCUGGAGCUGUUGUCGAGGAUCAGAGAAGAAAUUUUAACCCAUCCUAAACUCGACGAAAGAUUGAGGGUGUGCAUUACUUCGGCUGAUAUGCCUGAAUGGUGGAUUGCCGGCAAACACGACAAGGAUCUCUUGUUGGGGGUCGCCAAACAUGGUUUAGGAAGAACCGACUACUACCUUCUGAACGAUCCUGAUCUCUCUUUUCAUGAAGUUUUACGCAAAAAGGUCCGAUCUGACAAUACUGACAAUAAGGAAGCCAUAAAAUUAGAAAGUCACGAAGACAUUCUCAAAUUUGACAAAGACGAAAUACUCGUAAAACUAGAAAAGGGGGAAGGAACUCUUAAAAUAGAAAAGGUCGUACCUAAAAAAGAACCGGCGGAAAAGAAACCCGAAGAAGACAGUAAAGUGAAUUUGACUAUCGUUAAGGGUGAAAAAUGCGAGAAAGAAGCAGUGAAAGAACAAGUUAACGAGGAGGAAAGUAAAGAAGUGAAACCAGAGGUAGAGGAAGAGCAGAAAGAAGUUCUUGAGAAAACCGAAACAGUCACUGAAGAGAAAAAAGCAGUAGAGGUAAAUGAGUCAACGGAAAGUGAGAAGGAGAAAGCAGAAAAUGAACCUGAAGGUGAAGAUCUUUCAAAACCGAAAGAAGAGAAGAAAGAAAAUAAAGAGGCACUUAAAAAAUUGGCCGAAGCCGAAGCUGAUUUAUGUUCAAAACAAGCAGCAGAACUAAAAGCUAUGUUUCCUGAUCUGGAAGUAAUUCAACCACUUUCGAGGCUGUCACAAGUGGACACAUUUGUACUAAGAGAAAAACCAGCAGUGGGGGCGUUAGACUUUAGUGAAACAACAGUAGCACAAUUGUUUAACAACGCUGUUAAGUGGCCUAAAGAAUAUGCGAUUCAGGUCAGGUUGCAGCACAUUAUUUACGCCAUAGAAACAAAAGAAUGGCCCGUUACUAAAUCAUUUUCGGCAUACGCCACUGGUAUCGGUAACGAAUUCGAUAUUCCAAUCCACGAAUUGCCUAGCGAACCUCCCAAACGAGAAACUUCUACACCAAUGUCCAUCGGAGACACAGAAAUUAUCUCCGUUAGUGCUACAGACAGAUUCGCUGCCAACAAGAAACGUAAAAGACAUAUAGCUAUUGACGUCGAGACAGAAAGGGCGAAAUUGCACGCUUUGUUGAACAGUAGUCACAUGACGAAUCCGUUACCUGCCAAACAUGGAAUGACGUGGGAUAACGAGGACUCGGAAGAAUCUAGAAGGUCGACUCCGGUACAGCAGCAAACUAACCUACAACCACCUCCAGCUCAUCAGCAAGCGCCUAGGGUCAGUAUGACCACGUUGAAGAUGCCGUACGAUCUGCAGUACCAUCCGCCUGUGGCUAAAACCAUCGGACAGACCACUGUCAUUCCAGGAACGAGCAGUACUCUUACGCCCAUCGAUUUGAGUUCAAGCAUUCCUAAACCUGUUGAAAAGUCGUCUCCUUCGCUGGAUAUGCAAAAUGAAGUACAAGAUUUCUCCGUCAAAAAAUCAUCGGCGUUGGCAUCACAAUCGAAAGCUGGAAAUAAAUUGGACGAUACAUUGUCUAAGUUGAUGAAAAGAAAAAAUUGUCCUGAACCAGAACCAGUGAUCGGCAAGGAAAAGAAACGCAAAAAACUCGACGAAAUCGUCCUGGGCCUUUCGGCCGCCAAGGAACAAUCCCUAUUCACUCCCGAACCACCCAAAAAGCAACCGGUUGCUCCGAGUGUUACCGUAACUCCUACCUCAGCUCCCGUAAGCACCGCACAUAAUCCCUCUCAAAAACCUUUCACCAUUACCGUAACUUCUGUUCCUUCUACAGCUCCAUCUAGUCGCAGCAGCUCUCUCUCGCAGAAUAUUCUGCCGUCUCUAUCUACUGCAGGAAAAGACAGUUUCUCCACGUUCCUGGCACAAGCCGAGCAACAGAAUUUGCUGUUGAAGAAACAGCAGCAACAACAGCAACAGCAACAACGGAAGAGUUACGAGGCGAUGAUUGCUGAUAUCGCAGGCAAAGACUCCUUCUCGUCGUUUUUGGCUCAAGCUGAAGAACAAAAUAUGUUGUUGAAGAAACAACAAGAACAACAGCAACAACAGCAGAGGAAGAGUUAUGAAGCGAUGAUAGCCGAUAUCGGUAAAGUAUCGGACUUCAGUUCAAAAGUUAAUUCUUAUUCCCACGAAGCCAAAGUCAACAAAUGGUUGGCAGAACAAAACGCUGCUUUGGCGGAACAACCUUUAUCUGCUGACUAUUUAGCUGCUAGAAGAAGAAGGCCAAGAGUAGAUCCUACACUCUUGGACUGGAAGAAAUUGACAGGGGAUGAGAAUGUGGCAGUUAUUCAUCGAGUGACUGGGAAAAAGUUAACAGGACCGAAGGCUCCAACUUUAAAGAGGUUAGGGCAAUGGCUUAUGGAGAAUCCUAUGUAUGAUAUAGAUCCAAAAUGGUCCGAAUUGGUGAAAGAACGUGGUAAUUUGAGUCACGAUCUACAAAAAAGGUUACCAGGUCAACCAAGUAACAGCAGCGGCAGCGGUAGUGGCAGUAAAUCUAAAAGCAACGUACCUGGACGUCCACCUUUGUUAUCAAGUCCUACAGGAUCCACAUCCAGCGUCAGUUCUGCCAACUUGACAACAUCAUUACCGUCUAGCAUGUCUUUCCCAUCGUUGGGUACUUCAACUUUAGCAGGCCUUAACUCCAAUUUAUUGACAGGUCUAUCUGGUCUAGGGCAAUUUGAUCCCAAAACCAAUCCGUUACUGAUGCCAUUUGCCGGAUUGCCCAAUAUGGGAGCAUUAGGCUCGAUGGGGGGUUUGGGAAAUCUCACUAAUAUGAAUCUAUUCGCAAACUUAGCAGGCUUGGGUCUACCUGGCUUAGGAGCCAUGGAUCCAUCCGCUCUUGCGGCAGCAGCCGCUGCUCCAGAUACGUCAAAGAACAUGUCAAAGUCAAGCAGCAGUUCUAGUAAAUCUAGUAAACCCCAAGACGCUCAUAACUCUAACAAAUCUCAAUCUACCUCUAAUCUAGCGGCUACUACCAAUCCAUUCCCAUUUUUCUUUCCGAAUCCAAGCUUACUGUAUACGCCUCUCGGCUUAGGCGGCCUAAACCCCUUCACGUUACAACCGGGUAUGUCCGCUGCCUAUGACACGAUAGCACAACAAUGUGGAUUAUUGAAUGGCAAUAUGAACCCCGCAGCUUCGCCCAACAGUAGUUCGAAGUUGAAUAAAAUGCCGACAUCAAGACCACCAUCUGCAACAACUACUACAUCUUCAGGCCAAAGCGCUCAAAGUAGGCCAAGAUCGUCAAGUAGAGACGCACACCUUCAACAGCUACUCUUGCCACCCGAUACCCAAAUCUUGGAAAGCAUUUCCAAAGCAGCCAACAAUCUAGAUAUCACCCUUAAGCAAACGAAAACCGACAAGAAAGAAGACAAACGAAAAGCAUUGGAAAACUUGCGGGGAAUGUUACCAACUGACUUCUCGAGUUCCAUAAAAGAGAAAAAGACUGCGUUGCCAAACUUAUCUGACUUUACGAAGCUUUUGGAAGCUCAAGUGAGUCAGACUACCAAGAAAUCUCACGAGCAGCAGAUGAAGGAGGCAUUAGAACACUUCAGCCGGACGAAUAUCGAGCUGAUGGCGAAAGCCAUGAGUGAAGAGCAGAAUAAGUUCCUUACGUCUACAUCUGGGGCUUCUACUAAGAGACACAGAGAAUCGGAAAUGGUGGAAAAGCUCAGUAUACCAGAAGUAGAGCCAGAGCAUCCUCCAGCCAAGAAGGCCAGAGAAGCGACUGACAAGUCGCGAACGCCUACCCCUCUUCCGACCCCACCGACGCCAACGUCAACGCCUACCCCCAUGUCGACGCCCAGUGUCACACCCACGAUGGUAGUACCAACGUCUAUAGCUCCACCUCCUGUUCCCGUUCCGGUUCCUCCGACGAUACCAAACGAUCAGGAAGGAGUGGACAUUGAGGCGCUUCUAACGCCUUCAACGGUUGUGAAAGCUUCGGUGAGUCCACAGAAAGCGGAGCAUGUGGAGAAAUCACCAGAGCCUCGAGCUAUGGAUCUCCAACAGGAACCUGAACCUGAACCGACUGGGCAUAAGGUUCCCCCUGAGCCUGCUGAGACUUCACACAAGGAAGAUCAGUCCAAACCUGAAACCUCAGAGGAGUCCGAAACGCCUCCGAAGAAGAACGCAAAGCGAACACGAGGCAAACGUAAAUCGGGGGAACUACCGAUAGAUCAUGAAUCCGUGAUCGCGAAGAAGAAUCUACGUUCUAGUGCUAGUCGAUCUGCAGCCGCUGCGGCCGCCAGGCAAAAAAUGGAGGCCGAAAACGCGCAAAGGGAGAGUGAGAACAAUUCGUAAUUUAUUUUUGUUUUAUAAUUUUCGUGGAUUGGAUUGGUUAGUGCUUGAACCAUUAGACAUGGCGAUAGAUAAGCUGUAUUCUAACGACAGAAGCUGACAGAAAGAAUGUUUAUUUGGGUGUUCAGGUGGGUCUGAAAGUUCUUUUCGUUGCCCAAUUUUGAGGGUUGUACUUGAAGAAAAUGGAAAGAUCCGGUACUUUAUACAUAAUGUAUAGUUAAUUUAAUUGUUGCAGCGAGUAUAUAUGUUAAAUUUAGGUGCAUUAAUAUAUACCGAUGAUCAUUAAGUGGAUGAGAUACCAGAUAUUUUCGUUUUCUUCUUAAUUCUGGAAUUUCUGAUAUUAUUUUUACUUCGGAAUAAGUUUAAGUGAUAUUUUUUUUAACAUGUACAGUAAAACGUCUGUAGGAUACAGCUUAUUGGGCCUAGUCGUCAAGAUGUUGUACAGUUUUGUGGGUAUUUGGUGAACUGUGAUACAACGUUCUUUGAACACUUCUAAAGUGAUUUUGUGGUGUAUAUUUGUCAUUAAAAACUUAUGAUUGUUACAUAAUUACGCUUGAGAUAAAUAAAAAUCAUGUAUUCCCAUUUUAAUGAUUAACAAUAUUUAGAUAAUAAUUACUGAAAAUUUUAGUAGGCUUAACGAUUGACAAGUAUUGUUAUGGAACUACCCAAUCAGGGAACGGUCUGACAGCGGCACUAAGCAAAAUAUGAUCUGGGGAAAGGGAAAUCUCGUGCAUAGUAAUUCUAUCAAAAUAUUUGCUUUAAAGUGUUAAUCUAAUUGAUAGUCAAUUUAAUCCCAGUGAUAAUGUAUGACUAUUGCUCAAAAAUUCAUAAAUACGAUACAAAAUCUUGAUCUGCUUUAGUGAUUUAGAGGCGUCUAAGUAUAAUCAGAUCUCCACGUCAUCCUCAUUUUUCUUGAGACAUUCUAGACUUUUUUAAAUCACAAUAGCUUCUUGAAUAAUUUCUGGUUUUACAAUGAAUCGUAUAUAAAUGAAAGGCACUGGUUUUUGACUUCCUCGUUAAGUAAAAGUAAACAAUUUCGUAUUGAUAGCCUUUCUAGCCUCGCCCAUUUCAAAUUGUCGUAUGAGGCGUCGCAAGUCAUCUGUCAAACUGUCGUUUCUUAUUCACAAUAAACUUUCAAAUAGUUUGAUCAAUCUUCUAUUAAAAACUUGUGUAAAUAUGGAAUAUUCCUGCAGCAAUUUCUAGCUUGAAUGAGGGAUUGAAGAUUGAAGUCUGAUAAUGGUUAAAUUUUUGAGAAUUUAUAGAAUAUGUUAGUAAUAAAUACCAAAGACAACUAAACAUGUUUGUUUGGUGAGUACAAAAUUGAUAGAAAUCGUAUUUUUCUUAGUGUCCCGACAAUAUAUUUGGAAUAAAAAGACUGCAAUGGCUGUAUCAUUGAAUAUGCACAAAUUGGUAAAUAUUCAACCUAAGGAAUGAAGACAUUGUAGUGUAAUUUUUAUAUGGGAACAAGGUUUUUUGUUCGCGUGUAUCAUUUAUGUUAUGAUUAGAUAGUCUGUUAUUUUUUUGGUUUAAGUAUGCUGCCGUCAGCCCAACGUGUUCUUUAUUAAAUUAAUAAUUAAACAUUGUUACUAUACCCUGUUUUUAAACUAGGAGGAGUAAACUCAAAAGACAGAUUCACACCCAGUAAUGUCACUAGAAAAAUCACCAGAUUCAUCUGGUUCAUUUUGGUUGAUCAUGUAGACCUUCGACAGUAAUCCAUAAUUAUAUUGUACUAAGUAUUUGUUUUUAAACCAAGAGGAGUAAACUAAAAAGACAGAUUCACACCCAAGAAAGUCACUAGAAAUAUCACCAAAUACAUUUUUUUGGUUGAUAAUAUCAGCCUUUGACGGUAAUCCAUAAAUAUUAUAUUAUACUAAUACGUCGCUAAAGAGUGCUAAAAACAACUGUUUUUUAUAUAAAAACAGACUAAAAUUCUAGAAAUUAAAGGAAUAGCGCAGAAAAUACAAAAAAUUGCUGAUAUAGCUUAUUAACCUAUGAAAUGCCAAUAGUGUCAAAAUUUUAUAAAUGUCAUUAGUGUCAAAAUUUGAUAACAGUGGAGUAAACUUGCCUAUAGUUGAACAAAUUACAAACUAGCAUUACGGCGCGGUAAAUUUGAAUUAUUCCUUCUAGUUUAAAAACGAGGUAUAAAAAUGUUCAAAUCUGGGAAGAUUUUUAUUUCUAGCACGGCUCAUUAUAUUAUCCUAAUACGUCGCUAAAGAGUGCUAAAAACAACUGUUUUUUAUAUAAAAACGGACUAAAAUUCUAGAAAUUAAAGGAAUAGCGCAGAAAAUACAAAAAAUUGCUGAUAUAACUUAUUAACCUAUGAAAUGCCAAUAGUGUCAAAAUUUUAUAAAUGUCAUUAGUGUCAAAAUUUGAUAACAGUGGAGUAAACUUGCCUACAGUUGAACAAAUUACAAACUAGCAUUACGGCGCGGUAAAUUUGAAUUAUUCCUUCUAGUUUAAAAACGAGGUAUAAAAAUGUUCAAAUCUGGGAAGAUUUUUAUUUCUAGCACGGCUCCUUUCAAAGUGGCUACAAUGAUCUCACAAUUAAUAUGUGAUUAUGACGAUUGUUAUACAAAAGGCAACAUAAACUAUCCGAUGAACGGUCGGAUAUCCGACAAACUACCCUGGACGAUGACGAAAGCAGAUCUCUAGUAAAAAGACGGUUUGUAGUACAUACAAAGCUAAAAGAAUGGAAAAAGGUAGGAGAAUACUGGACUUUAGAGAAAUAAUUAAUUAAUUAUCCGUAAAAAUAGGUUCAGACUCGUUUGUCUUUUGCGAAUAUACUGAACGGAAACUUAAGGUGUCUGAUACGAUACGUGCCCGACAGUGUGAAUUGUUCUAUUUAAAAUCAUUAAAUCGUAUUUUUGGGAAACUAAACGCUACGUACUGGAAUCGCUACGUGCAUGAUAAUAUGCACCAACCUUAAAUGUUAAGUGCUGGAAACGCUACGUGCAUGAUAAUAUACACCGACCUUUAGGUCGAAUCGAUUCGAAAUUGACCAUCUGUCUUUUAUUUUACAUUAACAUUUACGAUUAGAAAUAUUAAUACCCAUAACAAUCAAUAUUCUUACCAGUCGAUUUACUGUGUGAAGUUCCCAUUGGUAAUUAAUAGGUGCAACUUAAUAUUAAUGCAUAUUACUGUAUAUGAGUACAUGUCAUAUUCUUUAAAAUGUUUUAGUCUAUCGUAUCAUAACAUAAGCAACCAAUCCAUCUAAGUUUCUUACGGUUUUUUCAAAUACAUAUAUCAUGGGCUAAUUGCUAAUUGUUAUUAAACUAGGAUACUUUAAGCACAAAAACUCAGUCAUUGGGGUGUUUCUUUUUAUUCAAAGUCUGAUUAUUUUUGAGGCUCGAAUGUGUUUUGAGGGCGCUUCUAAAGAAUGCGUCACUAAACCAUUUUAUGUAUUUACAUUAUAGGUUAUCGGAAAUCAUAUUUCUCGAUUUGGCGUUAUUACGUUGCCAUAUUAUGAACGUAGACACGUCAUAUAUUAAGACGAAAUCAAAAUUAUGUAGGUUAAAUGAAUGUAUCUGGAUAAAAAUGUGUUAGUGACUCUUUCGAUGAAUAUGUAGACAAAUAAUCUAGUAUUAGCUGUGUAUACUUUUCGUCAGAAAAUCUUGUUAGGUAAUUUUAUACCUGAAUACCCAAGAAGCGUUCUCAUUUUGCAGAAGUGUAACUGUAGUACUAGGGUGAUAACUAUUAAGGAAAGCAGUCUACAGUCUUUUGACGCGUUGACUGCCAUAAUGUUUAAAAAAGGGUCCCUACUUCCACGAGAUUCCCAUUUGCGUCGCAUGGGAGCCAAAGUGUUAAGUAACAUAAUAUAAGGUAUUUUUAUGUCCCGAAAUUUCUUAUUUAUUUAACUUUUCUCUUUAAAAUACUGAAAGGUUUGCUUCAUUUGAAUAUAAAACAUUGUAAAUUUAAUUGAUUUAGUUUUUCUUUAUUGUAGUUAUUAAUUAACCUUACCUCCUCGAAGUUAUGCAAGAGCAGCAUGCAAUCAUAUAUGUAUAUAAUAAAACGGUGUACGCUAAAUUUUAAUAAAUUUAAACUAAAUUAGAACCACUUUUAGACAUUUUAGAGAAAAGUUGGGAUAUUUAUGUCCAUUUUUAAUCGGAAUUCUCAUUAUUCUUCUUAUAGAUACCUUUUUUUAUAAACAAAGUUACGUAUGUAAUGAUAGACAGGAUAUUAUAGUCGAUUCAAUUAGCUCGAGGAUAUUUUGACAUUCAUUGUCGAAAACAUACAACAUAAGAUAAAUAACCGUGAAUAAUGGAAGUGUAUUUUCGUUAUUCUAAAUUUUGUUAAUUAAUAAUUUGUGCUAAUCCAGCCCAUCAGCCAUCUUUCACUUUCGGCUAAGAAACUAAAUAGUGCCCAAUACUCCAUGAGGAGGAAAGUCAAUAGACCGAGAUUUUCAUUAAUAAAAAAAUUGAAGAAAAAUCUUCUGUGUAAAAGGUAUAUAUUUAUUUUAAAGGCUUUCACCUUUCUCUUUGUGACGGCAGAGAAAUCGACUCAAUCACCCACGCGCUUCGUGGAAUAGUCAUAUAAUGCCUUAGGGUAUCUUUAUAUUUUUCAUCUAUCGCCAGGUUUUAGUAUACAACAUUUCAAUGUAAGACUUUUAGGCGACAUUUAAAGGGUUUUAACCCAUGUAUUUUUGGUGGCUUAGCAUGUAGAGCUUGCAAAGAACACUGAUGAUGCUCUCUUUAGAGCGAAAACGUUCUGUUUUGUAAUUGUAGCCCUUUAUCGGAGUUUUAAAAUAAAUAUACCUUUUACACAGCAGAUUUUUCUUCAAUUUUUUGUAAUUAAUGGUAUACAGCCAGCUACAGGAAAUUUUUCCUUAUGAAUUUUCAUUAAUGUAGUUUAAAAACUUUCCAUUUGUAAUUACUAGCCUAUAAAUAACUACAAAAUUUUGCCGUUUUAUUUUUUGCACAAUAAUUACUAACUCACUAGACAGUUGAGUAAAGUUCCGUAUUGUUUUUUUUACUUUCACUUACAAAAUUUAAGACUGAUAUACGUCAUUAAUGAUUUUGGAUGUUUUUAGCGAUUUUCGCUAAAAUAAUACCAAAUUCGUCAAAACAAUGUAUAUAACAUACGUAUUAAUAACAGAAAUAUUACAUUUUUGAUGUAUAGUUUACGAUAAUUAUUAAUAAGUAACACUUUCAAGUAGAACUCUUGUUGAAGCAGUUUCUCUACUUUUUAUAUUGAAACAAUCCUCCUAGAAUUGCAGUUACAUUGCUGCCAAUAUUAGAAAGAAAAACGAUAUUUUUAACUUUAUGCUGUUCAAUUCGCAAUGUGUAUAUAUAUAAAUAUGUAGGCAUUCAUUUUUUAAAUACGGUGUGAAGAGUGUAAAUAAAAAUCUAGUGUUUUUUUAUUUUCUUCUUUUUUUCAAUGUAUGUCUUGUAGUGGAGUCAUAUAAAUAAAUUAAAUAAAAAAUAGAAAUUA